CUAGAGGAAGGAGCUUGUCACUUUGUUCGUUGACACUAAAGUCUCGUGCUUAUUAGUUCGCCCGUGUGCCGUGCAGGUGGUGCAGUGAUCUUUCAAAUUUCGCUCGCAAGCAGGCGGCGGGGUGAACAUGAGUUGACUGAUCCGAACAGAAUUUGAGUGUUAUCCGAUUGGAUACGUUUAUUUUGCUGUGGCAAUGAUUCCGGUUUGGUUAGCACCGCGAUUAUUUUUCUUCGUCUUGAUUACCCACGUCCGAGCCGCUAAAGAGGAGUUAGUCGUCAUCGAGCAUCCUUCGGACGUCGUAGCGCUUAGGCACGACCCUGCUCAGCUGAGCUGCAACGUGCAAGGUGCGAAGCGCAUUAAUUGGUUCCACAAAGGCCGAGCUGUCACUUCCAACGGAGGAACCACCGUUUCGCUGGGCACCUUAUUCAUCCUUUCGGUGCUAACCCAUGACACAGGAGUGUAUUGGUGCGAAGGAGUGGCUGAGAACGGCAAAUCUGUACGCAGCAACAACGCGACGCUCAACAUUGCAUAUUUACGGGAGGAAUUCACCGUGAAGCCCAGGUCAACAGAAGCGUCGAUCGGAGGUUCGGUCGUUCUCGAAUGUACCCCACCGUCAGGUCUUCCCAAACCGGACGUCGAAUGGCUGAAGGAAGGCGUGCCCGUGAACGUCGGCACGGGCCGGAGCCGACUCCGGCUCCAGGGAGACAAUCUGCUCAUUUCUGAAGUGCGAGCUAACGAUCAGGGAGAUUAUGUGUGUAAGGCGGAGAACAUCGUGGGUACUCGAGAAACAGCUCCCGCCAAACUCAAAGUCAAGCUAACGAGUAAGCCCCACAUCGUCACUCCACCCAAGGACGAAACCGUACUCGCUAAAGAACACGCGAGCGUUCGAUUCGUCUGCACGGCCGGUGGAGAUCCAUCACCCAGAGUACGUUGGCGGCACGGCACUCGAGAGCUGAACGGCGACGACCGCUUGAUCCUCGCGUUAGAAGAGUCUAGAGGGUCCACAACGUCGACUCUGGAAAUAAGCGACGUGAACCCGGACGACCACGGAAACUAUACGUGCGAGGCCGAGAACGCUGCCGGCAGAGCCACGUCAACGUCCCGGCUAACUGUACACUAUCGACCGCAAUUCGCUGUGAUUCCGUCGAGUCAACACGUCUCGAUGGGAGCGUCCGUGGCUCUACGCUGCGCAGCAUCGGGCAAUCCGAGACCGGACGUUUAUUGGAGCAGAGACUCCCAGCCGGGCAAACUGCUCUUCCCAAACAACACGUAUGGACGGCUUUCGGUCGAUGCGUUCGGCACGUUGCUGAUUCCCCGACUCGGACUCGAAGACUCGGGGGUGUACAUCUGCACCGCUCUUUCAGCCAUUGAUACAAUCACAGCCACUGCCCGUGUGGAAGUUUCUCGUGGAGGCGCCGAGCAUCGGAGCGACCGUCAUCUGCUGCUUGAUCUCGUAGAGUCGCCGUGGCUACUGCUGUUAGUUUCGGCGAUCUUGUGUCUCAUUCUGAUUUGUGUGGCAGUCACAAUCUUGCUGGUCCUACGGAAAAUGCGGAACAAAACUUCUGCCGUCACGGAGGUGCCCGUCGCAAAGGGCGGAGACAUAAAUUUCUUCGCUGCUCUGGCCCAUCCUACCACUACGGAGUACUACUAUCCGCCUGGACGUGAGAAAAUGGUCCUUUACGAAAAUAAACUCAAUAUCAUGGAUUGUAAUUACCCCAUGGAAUGCGCGCCUCUCAGCGAGCCUCAGCGACCGUGUGCCAAUAAGCCAGAGGUUUCCAUGCCGGGUCCGUAUGCGUCAACGACCCUCGUCGUCGGUCUGCCGCGAAACGAAACCGGAACCGGAGUCCAUCGAAGGGCUUUUCCAGUGAACGGAGGCGCUCAGGGAGCCCACGAGCUGGAGAAUCUUCUCCAAGGAGGCUACUCGAACAGCGGAACGAGUUCGAGCGAGACGUCCAGCUUCGGUCAGAGGAGCGGGCGCUCGAGUCGGAGCAGUUCACGUCCUACGAGAGUGCGAGUUCAGGAGACCACGAGCUGUGAGGACAACACGGAACCCAUAUACAGUUUAGUUCCGGAGGACGUGGACGACGAAAGUGAGGUCUCUCAACUCAACAACUACCGAAGACGAGCGCCACCCCCGUCGGCGUCGCUGCCCCAAACCCCGCAGUUGAAAUUCUCAAGGAAAGAGAUGCCGAGUACGGAUUACUUGGUCUCGAGACAAAUCCAACUGUGA